GGGCAGGAAGGGGUGAAUGUGAGGGGCGAUCAAAGGGUUAACUGUGUGCUGGGAGUGCUUUACUAGGGGGCGGGGAGUGUGUUAUUCACUAUAAGCACACUGAUCAGGAUGGCUGUACUGUGCACAGCCAUCCACAGCAGUGUGCCUGAGCUGACAGGAAGGAAGAUUGUUUGUAAACAAAAUCUUCCUCUCCGUUGGAGAUGCUCGGUACUCACCGAACACCAGUGGGUAAUUACCGGCCGGGACCCGGUGAUUGACAUCCGCGGCCCGCAAAUGGCGGCGCGGGGCUCCCUACCUGAAACUGCAAAAUCACUUAUUUAUACGUGAUUUUGCGCACCCGUGCCACCCUGUAGCAGUAUUUCUGCUAUAGGGUGGU